CAAUAGUUUCCGCUUCCGUGUUUGGGUUUAUUUAGACUAUCCACACGUGUGGAGUAGAAGUAACAUUUUAGCUUUGUUUUGAAACCACACUAAGCAGCUUAAUUUUAAUUAAAAUGCCAAAAUCUAAAAGAGAUAAAAAGGUUUCCUUGACACAAACAAGAAAGAAAGGCUUAGAGUUAAAGCAAAAGUUGAUAGAAAGGAUUAGAGAGACAGCAGACCAGUAUGCAAGAAUCUUCACAUUUUCAGUCCAUAACAUGAGAAAUGUUCAACUCAAAGAAAUUCGUCAGCAGUGGAACCACAGCAGAUUUUUCUUUGGAAAAAACAAAGUGAUGCAGUUAGCAUUAGGUAGAACAGCAGAUGAAGAAUACAGAGAGAAUCUUCACAAACUUACCCAACACCUGCAAGGACAGACUGGGCUUCUCUUCACAAACUCUAAAGAAAAAGAAGUUUUAACGUUCUUUGAUGAGCUGUACAUCCCAGAUUAUGCCAGGUCAGGCGCUAUAGCCACACAGACUGUUGUUCUAGAGGAAGGUCCACUCCCAGAGUUCAGCCACUCACUAGAGCCUCAGCUUAGGCAGCUGGGCCUACCAACACAACUUAAAAAAGGUGUCAUACAGUUAUUAAAUGAACACACAGUAUGUGAAAAGGGACAGGUCCUAAACCCAGAACAGUGCAGAAUUCUUAAAUUAUUUGGGCAUCAAAUGGCAGAGUUUCAUAUCACAAUUGAUGGGAUGUGGAGCAACACUGGCAAAUGGAAAAAGUUUGACAGCAGGCCAGAACAUAUUUUACCUAGUAAAGUUAAGGUCAAACCGAAAAAAGAUGAUUCAAAAACAACAGAUGAUCUUGAAGCUAAAAUGGAUGAUGAUGAAGAAGAAGAAGGGGACGAAGAUGAAGAAGAUGAUUCAUGAUGAUUUUUGUUUAUUAAAUAUUAUUUUACAACUUU